UUCAGCAGUUGUAUUAAGCGGUGAUCCAGAGCAGGGAUGUGGGUAGCUUGUUUAGCUUUUAACUCAUAUUUUAAUGUUAAAUGAAGGAACCACUCGUGUUAACAUGUAGGUUGUCCAUGCUGGUUGUAUUUGAAGUUAAUUUUUAAUCAUACUGAAACCACUUGUUGGCUGUUUUGCUAUGUAGCGAGCUGAAGUUGAGUUUUAGCGGUCGGGAAUCAGGACGUCUCACUGCUUCUCUUUCUAACUUCGGAAACCGCCGUAAACAUUAAUUGACGUGUUCGGAAAUAUUCGGAGAAACUCGCUGUGAGUUUAUUUUGUUCACUUUAUGAAGUUGUGAAGCUCGUCUGGCGGCUGGUUUCACUAUGACAGAGCGGACUCCUCUCCUCCACUACCGCCUCUCCACCAGCGUCAAUGAGUCCGAGCUGCGGCCCCCUCCGGCCGGGCAGGCCCCGGAGCAGCACCCGGGCAGCCCCAGGCAGAGGUCCAACCAGCAGCGGCAACCCAAGAAACUGUCCAUCUUCUUCGGUGUGGUGAUCCCCACCCUGCUGUCAAUGUUCAGCGUUGUGGUGUUUCUCCGGAUAGGAUUUGUGGUGGGACAGUCUGGACUGUGCCAAGCCAUUGCCAUGUUCGUGGUAGCCUACUUCAUCAUCUGCAUGACCGUGCUAUCAGUGUGUGCCAUCUCCACCAACGGAGCCCUGGAUGCUGGGGGAGCCUAUUACAUGAUCAGCCGAGCGUUGGGCCCAGAGUUUGGCGGCAGCAUCGGCAUCAUGUUCUUCCUGGCUAAUGUGUGUGGCAGUGCUCUCUAUGUGCUUGGUCUGGUAGAAGCUAUUGUGGACACAUUUGGAGUUCCUGAAGAUGGGACUGUGGCCACUUCUCCCUACCAAAUCCUGCCGUCGGGCUACUGGUGGUCGCUGCUUUAUGCCACCGGUGUCGCCCUGCUGUGCCUGCUGGUGUGCCUGGUAGGAGCGCACAUCUACGCCAAGGCCACCUUCCUCAUCUUCCUGGUGGUCAUGUUUGUCCUGGGCACCAUCUUCAUCAGCUUCUUCGCCGUACGCCCUCGAACCAUCCUACUGCCGAGCUCUGCUGCGUUCAACCCGUCAGCCAAUGGGACCGGCCCUUCAUUUCCCACCACAGCCAAUUUUACUGGCUUCAAGUUGGACACGCUGCGCGGGAACCUGUGGGCUGACUACACUGUAGAUUACACUACAGGAACUAUGAUGACCUUUGCCACUGUGUUUGCUGUGAUGUUCAAUGGCUGCACCGGCAUCAUGGCAGGUUCUAACAUGUCAGGUGACCUGAAGAAUCCCAGUUAUGCCAUCCCCCGUGGCACCAUCACAGCCGUCAUCUUCACCUUCAUCAUCUACAACCUCCUCAUGGCGCUGGUGGCCUGCUCCUGUGACCGUGUCCUGCUUCAGAGGGACUACAGUUUCUUGAGAGACAUCAACAUCUGGAACCCCUUCGUCACCAUCGGGGUUUAUUCCUCAACGCUCUCCGCUGCCAUGAGCAACCUCAUUGGAGCUUCACGUAUCCUCUACGCUCUGGCCAGGGAUGACUUGUUUGGUAAGGUGUUAUCUCCGGCUAAGAAGACAUCUCACAGUGGUAACCCCUGGGUCUCAGUGCUCAUCUCAUGGUUUCUUGUGCAGCUGGUGCUAUUUUCAGGAAAGCUCAACACCAUCGCCAGUAUUGUGACCAUUUUCUUCCUGCUGGUGUAUGCUGCCGUGGACUUGGCUUGCCUCGCCCUUGAAUGGGCCUCUGCGCCUAAUUUCAGGCCCACCUUUCGGUACUUCACCUGGCAUACCUGCGUGCUGGGUAUCAUUGGCUGCGCCGUCAUGAUGUUCCUUAUCAACGCCAUCUACGCCUCGGCCAGCAUCGCCUUCAUGCUGCUGCUGCUUCUGCUGAUUCACUACCUCAGUCCCACCUCCAGCUGGGGCUACAUCAGCCAGGCUCUCAUUUUCCACCAGGUGCGCAAGUAUUUGCUGAUGCUGGACGUGAGGAAAGACCACGUCAAGUUCUGGAGGCCUCAGGUCCUGCUGAUGGUUUCCAACCCUCGCAGCAGCAUCGGUCUCAUCACCUUCAUCAACGACAUCAAGAAGAGCGGCCUCUACGUGCUGGGACACGUCCAGCUAGGAGACCUCAACACUUUACCAUCAGACCCUCUGCAGUCCCAGUAUGACUCCUGGUUGUCCCUGGUGGAUCAGCUAAACAUCAAAGCCUUUGUCAACCUGACGCUGGCGGAUUCUGUUCGCCAUGGUGUCCAGCACCUCCUCUUCAUCUCAGGACUAGGUGGGAUGCGUCCUAACACCCUUGUACUGGGUUUCUAUGACGACUGUCUUCCAAAGGACAAGCUGAUUGAUCCGUCCCUGUCUACCAGUCAGUCUACAGAUCCCCCCGGGCCCUUCCAGCUCGAGCAACCUCCUCUCUUCCACUUCGCCUCCCUGCGGGGCUCCAGUGACAGACAGGAUUUCGGUGAACUUGGGGACGGGAAGGUCCUUGGGCCUCAAGAGUAUGUGGCCAUCAUUGCUGACGCCAUGAAGAUGCUAAAGAACGUGGUUCUAGCUCGAUACUUCAACAACUUUGACCGAGCCCAGGCCCUCUCGCCGCCCUCCUCCUCUCCAGGAAAGGGAGCUGUGUACGUGGACGUCUGGCCGGUCAACCUCCUGCGCCCGGACAGCUGUAGCUACGUCGACACCUGCUCUCUGUUCCUGCUGCAGCUGGCAUGUAUCCUCAACAUGGUCAGAGCCUGGCGCAAAGCUAAGCUGCGUCUCUUCCUGUGUGUGGAGGGAGGACGCAGUGUGAGGGGCUCAGAGGAGAAGCUGGGUCAGCUGCUGAAAGAGCUGAGAAUCAAAGCUCAGAUCUACACCGUUCCCUGGGACCAGCAGGUGGCGUUACACUGGCAGCGCCAAAACGACUGGGGCAAGAAACAGCGAUCGCAGUCCCCAGAUACUGCUACAGACGAGAAGAAGCUGAGAGCUGACGAGGAGGAGGAGGAGAACGAAGACGAUUAUGUCAACAGUUUCCCGAGCAACGCCACGCGUCUGUCAGACGACUACCUGUCGGCCGUCAAUAAGCUGAUCCUGGAUCAGGCCCGACCUCCUCCUGCUGUGCGUUUCCUGUACUUGCCGCGACCCCCAGCUGACACCCGCCGCUACACUGCCUAUUUACGCCAGCUGGAGCUGCUGACUCAGGAUCUGGGCCCCACGCUGCUCAUCCACGGAGUCACGCCCGUCAUCACCACUGACCUCUGAGCGCUGGCUUUCUUUGCAGUGAGAAGUGCCUUAGAUCCUGAGAGCUGUGAGGUUUUUAGUGACGUCUCUACUCAACAACAGAACGGGUAAACCCUUUAAAUUUGACCCAGAGGUCACUGGACACCAUCUGCACUCCCUCACAAACCUACACCCACGUAGAACCACAUCUCCAGAGGUGCAGCUUGUUUUAGAAUAUUUCAAAUGCAGACCACGUAUUGUGCAGCACAUUUCAGCUUGAAUCCUGACUGUCCAUAUAUUUCACUCUGUCUGUAUUUUAUCUGAGUUCUAUACCUGCCUUUCUGGUAUUCCCAUCAAUAACGUGAAGACAUGAUUUUUUAGAAAACCUUUUGGCAGUUUCAACACAACACAAUCACACUAUGAUUGAAUGUACCAAAAUACAUUUGGCAGUUGUAGAAACAAUGAAUGAAUGUUGAACCUGUGGAGCCAGCCAGUCAAAACCAGCAUCAAACAGCACACGGUGUUGUUUUGUACCACUGUUACACAAACGUAUCCCUGAGCUGACAGGUUCAAAGGUGAAAAUCACCAAACAACUAGGUGUUUAUUUCUACCUGCAUAAACAAACAUUCCCUGUUACUUCCAUGUGUUUCCUUUGCUGACCUGCUGCUCUUCCAUUUUAGCAGCAAAACAAAGGAAACGACUCAACAGUUAUAGCAACGGUGCUACUUAUGUUUGGUAUUAUUCCAAAAAUCAUUUUAUGUGGGAUCUCAGGAUGACAUUCCUCUUUUAUCCAAAUGCACUUUUAUCCUUGUUUGGCCAAACUGCGUGUUGUGCAGCUUUCCAAAACACCUUUACCAUGUUUACAGCACCAGUAACUACUGUGAUUAUCUGUGAUAUUUCAUUGAUCUGUUUUCAUGUCUCUGAGGUACUAAUCUACUUUCAGUUUUCACUCGGUACUGAUCAGAUACUUGACCAGACUCGUACUGAAGUGCCUAAAUGAGUUUAAAGAGCUGCUCAGCUCUGCAGCGUUGGCCUUUACCCGAAGUCCUUGUAACAUUUAAAGUGAAUCUAUGUAACUUUUGCUGAACUGUGUGGACACAAAUGGGAUUUAUGGGGCAUUUGUGAUUUCUAAAGUGUAGCAAGGUGCGUAGUCUCACUUUAAGCUGUGUUAUCGCUGUGUUCCCCAACAUACUGAGGCAAAUAGUAUUUCCAUUCCUUGAUGAUGCACUCCAUUUCCUCUGGGACAAUAGUCUAAGGGGUAGUGAUCCUUAAAUUUUGAGUCUCUGAAAUCAGUGCUAGUAAAAUAGAUUCAUUCAGUUGAGUAGUUUUACCCAGACAAUCUUCCUCACACUGACUCUGACACAUGUGGGGUCCAGACCGUGUUUGACGAGAGGCUGUGUUGGAUUUGAACCUGUCUCCAUGGUUUUUCACUGUGUUUGGAAUGAGAUACAUGUUUGCUUGUGGACCAAUUAGAUCCGCUCGGUUUCAGUAGAUAGGUUUUUAUUUGGACACUACACUCUUCAACAAACCAUUGACACUACAUUUCUUCAAGUCUUUGUCAUGGAUUAAUGUUCUCCAACUUUUGGAAGAACAAAAAAAUUCUGCAUAACACAUUUCAGUGAAGAAAUGAAACAUUCAGUGUUUGAAUUGCUUUUGAAAUCUGAUAUAUACAUAUAAACUUUACAAGAUGUAAACUGGAAUGCCAGAAGAAAAUAAAAUGUUUUUAUUA